AUGUUCAGUCCAUGCAUUUGUGGAAGCUCGCAUCUUGAUCUUCAAACUGAUGAAGAUGAGAUGUAUGUUCUUCUUAGCCCAUCUUCAACCCCCAAGAGGUCAAAGAAGGGCACAUUUUAUAGGGGGAGAGAGAUCAAAAACCCUUAUGCUAAUCGCGGCCUCGACAAGUUCUCUGCACUCUUGGCUGAUCUUCAAAACCUGAAGCAGAAAAUCUACACACAGAUGGGCUCAGAUGACAUCUCCUUCGUCCGCUUCGCCUUCUUGAACUCCAAUGAUGUCAAGCCCAUUAUUGUCAAGUCAAAGAACAAGAAACAAGGUGCAGCAGACAAGGAUGAAGUUGAGCAGAAUGUGGUUCAGUCCACAGGUGAAGCUCAAGAAACUGGUGGUGAAGAGAAAAGGUUGGGCAAGAGUGUUUCUUGGAAGAAGAUGAAUUAUGUCAUGAAGUGGGAAAACUGGAAGAAGCCGAGGUAUUACUUGCCUGUGGCUAUAAUCUUGAUUUUGGCUUUAUUGGCUGUUUAUGGAAGGACGUUUGCAGUUAUGUGUACCUCCAUUGGAUGGUAUGCAAUUCCCACCAUUAGAGAGAGUUCAUCUUCAAGCUUGAGCUCCAGAAAGCAGAAGAGGAAGAGGGAUUUCUCCAGAAAACUGAGCUGCAAAACUGUUGUUAGUACAAAUUCAAGCAAUGGGAGAGGCUUCUGA